AUGACGGUAUGUGACUUCAUGCCGAUGAGUUUUUCUCAUCUGCUAACAAAAAAAGGCCAUUAUCCUCUCCCCGUGGGUAUGUCGGACCAAAAUGAUCCGAUAUCUGACCUAGCUUCGAAGCUUCGACAGCCAAAUUCUAUCUUUACAGAGGCGCUCCAGUUGCUAGAGUCAAUGCAGUCUUCGCCGUCAUGUACACGAGUCGCCGCAACAAAGCUUGUGGCAUCAUGCCAGAACUUCGGAGCCAAUAAUGAUGCCAGACCCGAAAUACAUCCGGUUUUGGAACACAUAAGAUCUGUCUAUGCCGCGCGACUAGCAAUCUGUGAGCUUGACGGCGCCGGUGCCUCGAUUCCAACUCCGUGUCUCCCAGUCUCAACACCCCUUCCAACACCAUCGAAAAGUCGAUUUGGAUUUCUUUACUACUCAAAAUCCUCCGCUUCUGAGACAGAGGCCGUUCCUAAAGCCGUCAUCGAAGAGUGCCUUCGCGCACUCGAGUCGCGACCCCAAUGGUGGACUUCAUACAGUAACAACCGACAGAAUGCAUUGAUAAUAUGCCAAGCCUCUCGGAUUGAGAUAGAGAAGGAGGAGCUCCUUGAUCUCCAUCGUUCAUUAGUAAAGAGCACUGUCAAACUCGACGAGGGCCUGCAAGAGUCUCUUCGCAAUGCGGUAUUGCUGUCAUCAGAACAUCAAAUUUUCUUGAAAACUGUCCGAGCUCUCAAUGAAAGACUUUCUGCGGACUUGAAAAGUAGCGAUUCCACGAUCCGAAAUUCCUUCAGCAGCCUUCUUCAUGAUAUAGAAGCCGGCUUUGAUAAGGUUAUUGCUACAGUCACAUCGGCUAUAAAUCGAGUGCAAACAAAGACAUCCUUUCUUGAAGAUAAAAUUCGAAAUGCCUCCUCUCAUACGGAUUCCUUACAACGGGCUCUGCAAGCUGCUCACGCAGAUACUGUCAGCAGGAAUGAUCAGACAUUACAAUUGCAUCAGGAGAAUGUGAUGGUGUCCCAACAACUGACAACCAAUCUGCAUCUGUCAUUGGCAUCUUUAAUGGAGACAGAUCUAGCGAGACUUUCCCAGAGAGUGGAAAGUGUCGACAUAGCAUUGGAAUGGCUCACAAGCCGACUCAUCGCUAUACUUGAGCAGGAGAAUCGAAUCUCCGAACGACUUCAAAGCAUAGAUGCAUUGAUGAAACAAUCAAUAAUGAAAGCCGAUGAGCUUCAUGAGGUCCAGCGAUUGCAUACGGAAGCCAUGGCUGUACAGGCGCAAGCACAGGAAUCAAUGAGAUUCAGCACGCAAGUCUCUCAAGCUUUACUGGACAGAGCAAUUUCAGCCGCCUCCGACUUACAAGACAUCAUUGAUGGGACAGCCGAGAAAUACAAGCAAACGCCUGGCUUGCAUAGGGGAGGACUUUCGGUCUGGACCUUAUGUCUUCUCUUACUUAUUAUUAUCGGGGGACAGAACAUCAAAGUUGCCAUUGGCCUUUUCUUUUUUAUUUUCGGUAUGCUCGAGAAUUGCCGAGAUUUUGAUCUAUCUAUUGCUAAUGGACUCACUUUAGGUCAUUUAAUCGCAACGUCCAUCUUCCCCUUUUUCAAAUUAUAUGAAACUUCGGUAAUUCCUAUUUAG